AUGUUUUCUUCUGUAGAGGAGGACAACUCGGAAGAUAUCACAAAAUGUAAGCUGCAAGAACAGGGGGGAAGUCAACUUUCAUACGUGGCGAGUAGAGACAUUAAAGGGGUACUGAAUGACCACCUGAGUAGACAAAAGGACGACUCAACGGAGAAAGAAACUAUGAUGAAGAGACAAAACGAACAUGCUGAAAACACAUCCAAUGAACAAAAUGAAAGGAAAGAAAGCGUGGAAUCGCCAAUGCAGUACACCAUAAGUAUGGUGGACGAAUUCGUAUCCAAGACGAGUGAAUAUUCGAAGCUAUUUCUGAGCCAUUUUAAUGAAGAGAAAUCUGAGGUCAUAGAAAAAGGCAACAGUACAAUUUUGUUAGUAAACCAAACGGGUAAUGGCAAACUGGAAGGCAAACGAAGUGAUCACUCUGGAGAGAAGGACAGUCAUAUGCUGCAAAAUCGAGAAAAGGAAAAUCUUAUGACCGAGUUCCACAGGACCAUGUUCCUUCCAGAGUAUAACGAAAACGAUACGAAAAAUUACUGUUAUAUGAGCAGUUGUAAAGAGGAGGAGAUUUUCAAUGAGUCGAAUAAUGUUUACUCGUGUUACUCAAGCCACGCGACUGACCAGCUAGAUAACACGACAACAUUGAAAGGGGAGAAGCAGUUUGGACAAACAUCUGGAGAUGAUGACUUAAGUGGUGGAAGGAAUCAAAAUGGGAUGCUUUUCCAUGGGGAUAACAAUGAAGAGGCCUUUAGGGAGGAAGAGACCAUUAAGGAUGAAGAGACCGUUAGGGAUGAAAAAACCGUUAGGGACAAAGACACACGCACUGAUGAGGAAGACAAACAGGAAAGGUACUCUACCUAUAGCACUGGGAAAAGUAGCUCGUAUGAUUAUAUUGAGAAAUACUCUGACCAGGAAAUGAGUGACAAUCAAAUGAAGAGGACACUCAGCGAAGAUGCAAAGGAUGAACAGGAUGAAGAGCCUCGAAAAAGUGAACGCAAGGACGGAAAAAACCAACUUCACAUGAGUAGCACCAUUGGCAAACCAGCAUUAAGUAACAAAUCGCUCGAAGAACUGAACUACAGCAACAGGAAAUCCCACUCUCCCUCGCUCAUAGAGAAAGAAAGCCUCCUAGAUAUCACCUCCAUAGCGGAUGAGGCGAGGAAGAGGGUGUAUGCUGAGCUGGGGUAUAACUUAAGCGAUAUAAACAAUUUAUGCGUACCCCUCAAGGGGAAGAACCCAGAGAAGGACGUGGAAGACGCUUGUUGUGGGGAGUCCGACAAGGCUACUAUGCAGGACGAGAGCAAAGGGGAUGAAGUAUUCCAGUCGUCGCACGUGGGGAGCAACGACGGAAGCGAUGCCUGCAGUGAGAGCGGCGGAAGCAUCAGGAACGGCUCCACAGAGUUAGAAAAAAUAUUUACCAAGUACCAAAUUGAGGUCUCGAAUGUGUCCAAGUACUUUGACUUUGGGAAGAACGAACAGAAGGAAAGUGCCCAAGUGGGGGAACAAGCGGUCGACGAAGUGGUUGACGAAGUGGUCGACAAAGUGAGGGAAGAGGCAGAAAAGGAGCUCCAGAUGGAACAGGGGCAUGGCCAUCUUCAGAGCGAAGACGAGACGCACCCAUUUAACGUGGAGACGCUGAAAAAAACGUCCUCCAUGAAUUUCUCCUUCGAGGAAGAAUCCGUUAACCUAGAUGUGUACACAACCAACUACAUAACGGAGGACGUCCUCAAAGGCGUGCUAAACAUAAAGGAGGAAAGAAUCACCUUUGACACAUUUAAGGAUGCCUCCUCAGAUGUGAAUUACGAAAUUAGUCUGUCCAACGUGGAACUGCUGUACAACGCUAUUCUACGUCAUCGUAAUGGUAAUGCAAAGGAGGAACUUGUGCCUGACUGUUCGCCUAACUCUGACGAGCCAAACCUGGAGAAGAACUCCACUAACAAUGAAAAAAAUCAGGAAGAUAAAUAUAUAACCCUUGCUGACAUAAAAUCAUACAUCAUAGAGAGAAACGAAAAAAAUAGUAAUUACUUUAACGAAAUUAUGAAGAUGGUCGUCCAUUUUAACAACAUACUGUUACUAAUGAGGAGUAACAACGAUGUCGAAGUGGAAGACAAACUACUCUUCGAACUGAUGUCUUUGAAAUUCGCUUCAUUAUUUAACGAUAUCCUGCAUGUACAGAAUAACUUCGACAACCUAAUCAGACACAUAAACGAAAUUAUUAAACUCAUUCUCUUAGAGGACUCCAAGAAGCGAAGCUUGAGGGAUAUUAUAUCGUGUUACUUAACCAGUCAGAAGAUUUUGGUUCACAAGAAUGAGAUCCUCUCGCAGAUGAGCGCCACGCGUCACACGCAGGGGGGGGAAGCGGAAGAGAGAGUUUGCGACCCAUCUGCAGAAAAAGCUGGAGAAGUGCUGGGCGAAAGCGUAAGCUCCGCAGUAGGUAUAGACAUAAAGGGAAACACCUCCGCAGAGGGCAACACUUCCCGUGACCAUCAAACGAAGCUCAACAGCACUCCCGCCACGGAUGCGGGGAAAAAUGCUUUGGCACACACGAAAGCGGGAGGGAGUGAUUCCCCCAUGAUCGACGAAGGGGGGGAUAUCAUAUCAGGAAUGAAGUUCAUAGAUGCAGAGAACAACACUCGUAAUUUGACAAAGGACAUUAUAAUGGGCGAAAUAAAGAACACCAAGAAGGAAGACGCAGGUAACGAUGGCGCGACAAAACCUUUGACUCCCUCUGCAAAACGGAAGAGCAAAGGGUUCGGGACGCCCUUCCUCAAGGAGUUGGCUCCCUGCAGCGGUAGCAGCCGUAUGAGCGGCAGCAACAUGGUCAGCGGAAACACUGGAGGAGGUAAUCCCAGUGUCAAGAAAUCCAACACGAACGUUACGCAGACGGACCCGAAUCCCACCGUGUGCAAAAACGCCAAACUGAAGGACUCCAUGGUUAAGAACAUCCGUGAAAAACAGGAAGACACAAAAGGAAUAGCCAAAAGUGAGGAAGAGAAUGAAAAAAGUAAAAAAAUGAAUAAAACGAAAAAAACGAAAAAAACGAACAAAGGAGAAACAGCGGAUGAGAGAAAAUCCAGCGAUCUAACCGACGGAAAGAAAAAAAAUGAUUUAGCAAAAAACUUCAGGCAGAAGAAAACGGCGACAAUGUCCAAAACUAUAGAAGAAAAAACACCCGUUGAUGUUAAAAAGGUGGGAACCAGUAAGAGGGGUGAAAACAGCCAAAAGGCUGCAGAGGAAAUUAAGGGGAAAAGAAAAAUUUCCUGGACGAAUAACUUCAGCAUUAAAAGGGAAAAUGUGGACCAGGGAAAAGAUAACAAAGUGGACUCCGGGGCAACCGUCAAUUUUAACUAUCCUAAGUAUAACAAGGACGACAACAUACAGGCCGUUAAGAGUUAUAUGAAGAGGUACGGUUCCACCAGCGCCGCAAGCACAGGAGGAGGAGCAGUAUCAGGUGUGGUUGGAACUACCGCGGCUUUCGCGAACGCACACUUGGUGCAGCAAAGUAAAGCCGCCCCCCACAUCAUGUGUCCGCAAAAGGAGGGGCAGCCCCGAGUACCCAGCCUGAGCAGUGCCCACAUGCACAGCGUCAGCGUGAACAGUGCACUCAUGAACAGUGGACUCGUGAACAGCGUCUAUGGGAGGGCAAAGGUACCAAAGGGCAUGGCUCCCUAUGAGGUUCAAACAAAAGACAGGGCGUCCAUGAUGAACCUUCCAAACUUUAACGACACUUAUAAAAUGCGAAUGGGGAAGUCCCCCUUAGGAGGACUCCACCCAGUGCGCCAAAUGAAAUCGGAAAAUUAUUUGUGGAGGGAAGAACAGGGCAAAAGUUCUGUCGCGAGGAAGGAGAUGACUGCCGAGAAUCACAGCUACGAUUUUCUUUAUAAUUACAGCGGAAUGUUGGCCCAAGUAAAAAACAGAAAUGGUAAUCUGCCUACCCAAACUGGGAAAGUCGCAGAAACGGUGGCUGGUGUGAGGCUUCCUCAGGAUAAAACUAAUUCAGCCAACAUCCCCGUGGCAGACCUCACCAAAGGAAGCAACCAACUGUGGGGGCACCAAAAAACACAAAUCGGAGUUUCGAAAGGUGACACGCUGCUUGAAAAGCCUAAGGUUAAUUUGGCACAAGCGGAUGAAAAGCAUGCCCUCGGGGUGACCCCGACAGGACAGAUGAACCAACUUAAAAAGGAAAGCAAAGAUAGCAAUGAUGGCGAGAGGUUCGACCGCAGCGAGAAUGACCCCCUCAAAGAGAAAAGCGGCAAUCCCAUUAACGUCACUAAUCCCACUAACCACGCUACCCCCGCGGAAAGGAAUCCCUCGGGCUUACAAUCCAAACUUAUGGAAAGCAAACGCAACAGCAACAUGAACCACUUUCGAAGGCAAACCCCCUUUACCGACAAAAGGUACAGCAGUGGCUACAGCACUGGAUACAACAGAACGAUAAACCCCAAUGUGUACUCAGGCUUUAGGAGAAAUAUGAACAGCUUUAACGACACAAAUAAUGGCUUCCUGCAUGCACAGAGUUCUACACACGCGAGCAGAUAUCCUAGCGCCAAGAGCAAUGACAACUCCGUGCACAUAAAUCAGGGGGACAAAAAAGAAGACAACCAGGAUGUAGCCAACUCAAACAAUUUGGAGAGCAAUUUGAAAAACGUAACCAACUUUAAGAAGGUAGCCAAUUUGAAAAUUUUAAUAAACUUGGGAAAGGGGUUCAACGAAAAGAAGCUUUCCCCAGGGGAUGAAGCAAGUGCGAAGAAAGGGAUCCAAACGAAUGAAAAGAAAGGGGUCGAAACGGAUGACAAGAAAGAGAUCCAAACUAAUGACAAGAAAGGAAUCGAAAAGAAUGAGAAAAAAGCAAUCGAAACCAAGUCAGCAUACAACAGAUUUACCGAAAUUGUGACAAAUAAAAUUAAAAAUUUUACUCUCCUAAAUAGUAAAUCGGUUAGAUGUACUACCACUAAUGAAAGCGUGCCUUUCUGCAACGCCACCGAUGAGGGGAAACAGGACAAAAAUGGCCAACUCAAGGAAGGGGGCAACAAAGCAAAAGACAGUAACACCAAGGAGGUGCAUAGGAACACACACAGCUAUGAGAGCUGUUUCACCAACGCGAAUAGCAACUACCUCUGCGAUAGUAAAAAGGGCGGAAACAUCGUCAGCAGCUUCAUGGGACAGCUAAAUUUUUUCCAAAGCAAAUGCGCAUCGGGGAAGGAGAGCGCGAAUGAUGAGGAGGGGAAUCAGUUAGGCGAGGCUAGUCAGACGCAGGAAAGUGUCCAGGAACGCGUGAAAGAAGCAGAUCAAAACAGGGGAAUUGCAAAACCGAACGGUGGCAGCGCAGAAACGGAGGAGGGAGAAAGAGAGGCCUCGGCUACGGACUCAACCAACAAGCCAGGUGAGCACAAACACACCGACGAAGAUAAGGACGGCGAUAGGAACGGCGAUAAGAGCAGCGAUAACACCAUUGACAACGUCAGAAACUACUUGUGCAAAAUGAAAGCGAAAGACGGGGGAAAGAAACGGGUCAACAGCAUGUAUACUAGAAAGACCCACGUGUUGGGCGCCGCCAGUGGAGGGAUUGGUCGCGUGCAGGGAGGAGCCCCUUUGAAUAACCGGACGAGUAACCACGCUAUUGCCCAUCUGAGGAACUACGCGACUGCCCACCUGAACCAUCCAAGCGGAAUUCCAAACUGGAAGAAUGGCACAAACGGGGGCAUAAGUGGCACCAAAUGUUACAGCGAAAUUUCGAACGGUGAAGUGCAAACAGGUAGCAAUGUUGCAUUUGCACCCAACAGGAGUGUCAGAACUGUGCAGGGAUCACAUAAGACAAAUUACAAUUCUCGAGGGGGUUCCGCAACCCCCGCGUAUCACGCAGCGCGGUUAUCGUACGAGGCAUUCGCUCCAAACGGAACACUCCUACUGAUGGGCACGAAAAAAACGAAUUCCCACUUCGUGCACCAUAACCAACCCAGCGUGGAAUCCCUUUUCCCAUUCCAAAAGCGAAACAGUACCUUACACAACCCCAUGUCUGUAUCCAAAUUUCAAGAGCAUCAAAAGAAAGUGGAAAAUUCAGUAGAGAUGGAAAAGGACUUCCUCCUCAAUAUGUGCGACGUGAAUGCAAAGCAACACAUUCCCUUGACGAACGACAACAGGUGUGUUUUUAGGAGUGAACAAAUGAACCAAACAGGGUACCACUUCAGGAAAGCAGGCGUCAGUAAUGAGCUCAGCAAAAUGGAACAGCACAGUAAUGGCAGGAGGACAUUUAUUAACCCCUUUGUCGAAGCAGAACCGGUUCUCAAGGGAAUGGGUUCUAUACAUCUGAGUAACAAUACGUUGAUAGGCAAGCAGAACAUGGGACACGAGGACAACAAUUAUCACUUUUUUAAAGAAAAGCUAACCUCCCUGCAGGAGAAGAGGAACAGAAAUGUCCCAAUGAGUACCUUCAAUUUGCACACGUCCCAGGAGAGGCUGAACAGAAACUGCGUACUCAAGACUGCUUCUAUGCAUGAAAACUGCGCAUUGAAAUCUUCCAGCCAGGGAUGGGGAGGCAAUGCGCCUCAAAGAGGGGUCAAUUAUAUGCAACCCGGCGGGGUGAACUACGCGCCACAGAGCGGUGCCACGUGCAUGCCAAAUAACGGGGUACACUUGCCUCCGAACAGCUCCACGCAGUACGCUCAGCACAACGGAUCGGCAAACCACUCCAACCCAGCGAACCUGUGGAACCCCCAAAGUUUCACCAAAGAAGCCGUGCCCCUACACAAAAAGGACGGAAACGUUUCCGUGAUGCCCAACUUUUUAAACGCAUACCAUAAGGGAACCCCCUCGAAUGACAUGCCUACCGCGCAUCCCACCAUUGAUGAAAGUAAUCUGCUCAUAGAACAAUUAAUGAAAAUUCCAGGGGUCCAGUUAGGCAAAAAGUACAUACAAGACAUAGACAUCUGUUCAGACUGGCUCAAGUUUAACGACUAUGAUCAGAAGGUCAUCAAAGAGUCCCUAAAGAAUAGCUUGGAGAAUAAUAGCUAUAAAAGUUUUAUGGACUCUAUGCAAUUUACCAAGGGGGGUUUUCCCGGAGUCAAGCAGGUGUAG